UUUCCUCCUCUGCCCUCUGACCCUUGAACCCUGACCCAGGAUGAGCUGGCUGAGCCGCCUGACCCCCCGCGGGCCCGGGACCCGGUCCAAUCGAAACGGCGCCCCCUCCAGCCCCGUCACGGCCGACCCCGAGACCUGCCUCAUGGUGUUCGAGAACCACUGGAGACAGGUGUCCUGGGUGCUGGAGCAGCGGGACCCCCCGGGGCCGGGGGCGGGCGACGACCUGACGGCGGUGCGCAACCACACGGACCAGAUGCUGUGCCUGCUGGCGGAGGAGCGCCCGGGGGCGGGCGGCGGCGGCGGUGGCGGCGGCCCCCCCGCGGGCCCCAUCCUGCAGCUGGUGGCGGCGGAGAACAUCCUGGACCGGCUGGUGCAGUGGCACCUGCGGCGCGGCCUGGACCCCGACAGCCAGGGGGCGCUGCUCAAGCUCUUCGAGAUGCUGAUCGGCCGCUCCCAGCAGCCCCUGCUCCAGCACGCGGCCGUGCUGCAGCCGCUGCUGUGCCUGCUCGGCACGUGCGCCGACCCGCAGCUGGGCUGCCCGCCGGCGGUGGAGGGCAGCCUGGUGCUGCUGCUCAACCAGGUGUGCGUGUCCAUGGCCCGGCAGCCGGCCAUCCUGGAGCUGCUGUUCCGCGCCGCCCCCGCCCAGCAGGGCCCCACCAACCUGCUCAUCUUCUCCCUGCUGGUGCCCUUCAUCCACCGCGACGGCGCCAUCGGCCAGCAGGCCCGCGACGCCCUGCUCCUCGUCAUGGCCACCUCCGCCGACAACCAGGCCAUGGCACGCUACAUCACGGAGAACUCCUACUUCUGCCCGGUGCUGGCCACAGGCCUGAGCGCCCUGUACUCGUCCCUGCCGCGGAAGAUCGAGGUGCACGGGGACGACUGGCACGCCCUGCGGCGGGAGGACUGGAUGGGCGUGUCCUCGCUGGUGCUCUUCAUGAACUCGCUGGAGUUCUGCAACGCCGUCAUACAGGUGUCCCACCCCCUGGUCCGCAGCCAGCUGGUGGAUUACGUCCACAACGGCUUCCUGGUGCCGGUGAUGGGACCCGCCCUGCACAAGUCCUCUGUUGAGGAGAUGAUCGCUAGCACGGCCUACCUGGACCUGUUCCUGCGCAGCGUCACGGAGACCGCCCUGCUCAAAACCUUCCUGCGCUUCAUCCUGCUGCAUCGCCACGACAACGACACCAUCCUCGACACCCUGCUCACGCGCAUCAGCAGCAACUCUCGGCUGUGCAUGGUGUCUCUCGGCCUGUUCCGAACGCUGCUGGCUCUCAACUGUGAAGACCUCAUGCUGCAGCUUGUGCUCAGGUAUCUGCUCCCCUGCACCCACGUCAUGCUGAGCCAGAGACGCGCUGUCAGGGAGACGGACAUCUACGGCAAGUCGGCCGACAAGUUCCUCUCCCUCAUCCCGGAGUGCUGCCACGUCGACACAGCGCCCUCUGGUGACCGGGAGGACGACCCCUCUUUUUGGGGGAAAGUCCCAGGUAGUCCCAGCACGGAGUCGCCCGUCCACCACAGACCCAGCACCCCAUCCCGCCUGGCCCUCUUCAUCCGGCAGCAGAGCGGCGGAGGGGGGGUGACCUCCUCCUCCGGCCCCGAGGUGGCCCCGGGUUCCCCCAGGGGGGGCCCGAGCACCCCUCUGUCCCCAGACAGCCCCAUGCACCAGGCCGCGGAGGGGCCGGAGUGGGAGUUGGGUUACCUGGAGUACCUGCGGGACGCGAGGAGGGGGAUCGAGCUGUGUGCCUGGGGCUGCAGGGAUUGGUCUGCUCCAUACGACGGGGAGGACCCCUCGCCUAACUCCGCCCCCGUUCCCCCUCCCCCAGCCACCGCCAGCCCCGCCCUCAGCAUGGUCCCGGAGCAUUUCUCGCUGCAGCCGGGCGUUGCGGACCCCGGCCAGCAGAGGGCGGCGGCGUCAUCCCGCUCGGAGUGGGGCAGCUCCGACCGGGACAGCGGCGAGUGGGACGUCACCAUCAGCAAGAACUGCAUCAGCCUCACCCCCCGCACCAAGAAGCGCAGCCUCCAGAGGGAGGCGCCCCUCAAGCACGCGCCCCUGCCCCCCUCUUGCCCCCUCCCAGCUCCGUCCCUGGCCCCUCAGGCGUCCCUCCCCCAGGGGGUGCCCCAGGGACAGCAGGCCCUCUUCAACGGGGCGGCGCGGGGAGGGGCGUGUCCUGACGGGCAGGACGCGGGGAUGGAGGUGAAGAAGGUAAAGAGGGACUCGGGGGGAGGCGGGCCCUCCGUGGAGGCGGGGCAGAACGGCAGCGUGGGGGUGUGCCCCCCAGACCCCUGCUGCCCUUUACGGGGGGCGCACGGCGAGGGGGGCGCGGCCACAGUGCAGCAGCAGCAGCAGGUUCUACCUCAGGGGACUCACAGCCAAUCAGCAGCCAACCAACCGCAACCACCGCCGCUGUCCUCAGUAAGCGAGACGAACUCCAGCGAGAGCCUGGAGCCCGCCCCCAGCCUGGUCCCGGGCCCCCCGGAGCCCACAGCGGCCGGCGGGGGGCUGGAGUCGGUGGAGAGCCUGAUCGAGGAGCUGCUGGAGCGGGCGCCGGCGGGGCCGCAGGCCGGGGACGGCAGCAUGCAGGGCAUCAGCAUUGAGGCCUUCCACCAGGAGCUGCGCGAGCUGGAGGAGCGCGUGAGGGAGAGGAGGGCGGCGGCCGGCGGCCAGGAGGAGAGCCCCCGGGACCUCUCCGGCGCCUCCGACGGGCACGAGGAUGACCGGCCGCCCUCCCCGCUGGACUCCGAGCUCAGCGCGGCCGAGCCCAAACAGGAGAACUCCUCCCUGGGAGUGCUGAGCCCCGCCCGCCCCCUGGGACAGGCCCUCGCCCAGCCUUACACAGGUCCCUUUGUGACGGUUCUGUUUGCCAAGCUGGAGAGCAUGCUCCAGAACUCUCUGUACGUCAACAUCCUGCUGACCGGCAUCCUGGCACAGCUGGCCUGCUACCCCCAGCCCCUGCUCCGCUCCUUCCUGCUCAACACCAACAUGGUCUUUCAGCCCAGCGUCAAGUCGCUCAUCCAGGUUCUGGGGUCGGUGAAGAACCGGAUCGAGGCGUUCGCCGCCACCCAGGAGGACUUCCCGGCCAUGCUGAGGAAGGCCCGGCGGUACCUGGUGGCCCGGGGCAAGCUGGACUGGAGCGACUCGCCCGUGGGCGUGCCCACCCUGCGGCGCUCGGACUCGCUGGUGAAGAGCCGGAAGCCGUCCCUGGGGGACCUGAUCCUGCGGCACACCCAGAGCCCGACGCGGGCGCGGCAGGCGGCGCAGCUGGCCCUGGCCCACGUGCGGGACGGGGGCCAGUCGCUGCACAGCGCCCUGUUCCGCGGCGGGGCCGGGGGCGGCGGCGGCUCGGGCCUGGAGAAGCAGGCGGAGGCGCUGCGCGUGAAGAACGCCGUCUACAGCGCCGUCGUCUUCACCGAGUUCCUCAAGGAGCUGGCCGCCCUGGCGCAGGAGCACGCCGUCGCAAUGCCCUUCCCCCGCAGCCAGGGGGCGGAAGAGUGAGCCUGUCGGCCAGCGGGGGGCAGUCUGGAGCUUUUCGAAUCCCUCUUGUAAAGACAUGUAUAUACGUGUUACGGAUCACUGUACAGUUUCAGGAAAUUGUGCAUAAAGUGUAUAUAAUAUUUAUGUGUACAUACACACGAAAGCUCAGUGACAACCAAGUUUGGGAGAGAGGCCUGUGUUUACACGCACCACUGUUGAAGGAGGGUUAUGAUCUAAGGAGUCCACCUCUUACAGCCACAGUGCAAUGCACUCUACAGGUGUGAUUUUUGGGUUGAGGGGUCGAGAACCCGUGACCAGGCGGUGACCAGGGUUCAGCGCACCCCAGCUGUCAGUCUCAGCUCCCUCCCCAAAACCUGACACGUGUGAGUGCUUGGUGGAGAUAGUCCAACACUGGACUGUCACUGCCUGGGCGUCCCUGUCAUGGGACACAUCAGUGUCAUUUUAUCUCAGUGUUUGCCUUUUUAAUUUAGUGUUUUACAAUCUCUUUGUUUUAAAAUGUGUAACUUUAAGACAUAUCAAUGCCAAGAGGGAUAUGCUUAGCAUAAAUCGCUCUGUCUGGUCCAAUCAUCUAUGGUGUUAAAGGGUAGCCUGACUGUAGUAUUUGUCUGCCAUAGGAUACGGUUGUUGGGGAUUCACAGUUGGUUGCUGUGGCUUGUGUUUGUUGAGUAUUCAAGGUCCAUUUUUGAGGAAGAGAGAUGUCGGGGGAACUCUCUAAAACUAGCAUUGAGGACGCCAUAAAGAGUGUGUGUACCCUGAUUGUCUCUAAACUGCAAAUCUAAAUUAAACAAUACUUGUGGCCCAAGCUACUACUUACCCAAUGCUAGCCAACCUAAGCUGAGCAAAUAAGUCCUGACUUGCACAGAAACUCCUCCCUUGAACCAGUGCCGUUGGUAAUCCUGGAUGACAGGAAGUCGGUGGCAGUUUCUGACAUCUGGAAUACUGGGCAUUCUAAUGAAUACUCCUUGUUUGGCAGGUGCUGGUGAAUCCCACCCUAAAACAAGAAUUCUCACAGUGAUUGGCAUUAUGAUGCUACAGGAGUCUAAUGGAACUUGAACAGAUCUAGUGAAAUUCACAAAAUUAAGUCUUGUGCACCACUUGUGUCUUUUUUCAGUGAGAACAAAAGAAAGCUUAUGGUGAAGAACAGCAAAUAGAGUUUUAUGAGUUUCCCCCAUGGGGUUUUUGUGGCAUUCUCUUGCAUCAUUUUCAUUGGUUCCUUUAUAAUCUCUGUUCUCUUCUUAAAUAUCCUCUUAAAUUCCGUCCAGCGCAACAGAGUCCCCAGCCUAGCUAGUGCAGAGCUACAGUUCGAAUCUCAGUGCCCGGUUUGAUCAAUCUGUCUGUCUCAGACCCCAGAGUGGUCUAUAAAAGCGCAGGGUGACGUAGCCGUUCCCACACACGAUGGUUUGGCGACGUCUAUCUCCACGUGUCUGAAUUAGCAUAAACCAUUGUCUUGUAAUGCGUGCCUUUCCAGCACUGGGACGUGGACGUGUUUAAGGAGCUGAUACUGACUCCCUCUCCUGUUCCCACGCCCACCAGCCCCCGUCAGGGCCGAUUAAAACUGAUGCUGGAGAGGAACAGCGCAGUGUGGGCGAUGCUGCUGGGUUGACUUCCUCUCACAGAUGAAGCCAGCGGUGCUUUCUUGGGGGCUGUCUGUCAGUGACAGUGAGGAGCAAGGCUCACUCUGUUCUGUAGACUACAGAAUCAACCUGCUGGCUUGGUAUUAAUGUUUCCUAUUGGUAUUGGUUUUGUUCUUUUUUUGCCGUUGUUUGAAUAUUAUGCCAUGCCAGGACACUUUAAUUUGAAUUAUUGUCCGAAGAAGUUCUCCCUAAACUUUAAAGACUGCCUUGCCGUUAGUUGAACUGAAAGAGCUUCUACAGUUUUGCCAAUCAUAACACAAGUGCACAGACAAUUUACUGAAUAAUGGGAAAACAUUUACUUUCUCUUUUUUUCUUUUUGUAGUAAUAUGAGGGAAAAACUAGGAUCUGCAUACCAGAGCCAUUUAAUUACGCCAUUGAUUUGUUUUACAAGCCAUAUGAGUUUGAUGCCAGUCUUCCUUUUUUAGGGAUCUUAAAAUGCGUGUUCUCAAAUCCUCCGAUUAUUUUAAUUUUUAUGUCAUUUUGAGAGCGUAGUACCUCAAAUUCAACAGAAUUGAAGAUCGUAACAGAAAAUCGUAACGGAGGGUCCAUCAGCGAGGAGGGAGAGUGAGUGCUGAGCAUUCUGGGAGGAAUGUGCCCCUGAGUGCUCCCUCUAACCAUUACUCCGUCCUUCACUGAAAUAGGACAAAUCCCUCUGUUUUUAGCCGUAGGGAGGCGAGGGGAAAAUAAUGAGCAAUUUCCUUAUAGAAUUUGUUAUGUUGCAUCUCCUAAUGUUGAAAGGAUUUCUUUAGUGUUUCAUUCAGUUUAUACAUCGUUUUUUUUUAAUACCUAAUCAGUGCCCGAUUUUGGUUUUAAUUGUUUUUAUUUAUAGUGUGCUACAAAGGCAGUAUUAGAUUCCAGAAGCACAGGGGAUUUUUAAUAUUGCAGCCAGUGCAGAACUGAAACGCUGACAUCACAACACCACACAAGGCACUCCAUUGGUUUAGACGGCUGUCCCCCAUCAGUUAACUCUGGGAGUUUGUCGGCCUGGUCCAAUGGAUGGUUACAACAGAAAAAUCAGGAUUGCUGUUGAACAUAAGGUUGGAAAGCCCACUUUUUUCAGCUUCUUUCAUCUACCAGUAACAUGCAGUUUUGGGAUGGGGAAUUGUGGGAGUUUACUGUGCUUCAGGAGGGGAUCUCUUCUCAUUAAGACACAGUUUUGGCAUGGGGGCUCAUUUUGUAAUUGAAUAUCCUAAAAGGUGACAGAACUAUCACCACACUGUUUUACCUCAAAUACCACUGAAGGCACACGAAUCCACACAUUCAUUUUAGCCGGUAACAAUAUUCAUUCGUGUAUACAUGUAAUUGUAUUAUAUUUAGCACAAACAAAAUAAUAUGGUAAUUAUGGGUAAAGUUGUCUUUGUGGGCUUUGAGGUGGACGGGGAAAGGGGGGGGCGCACGGUGUUGAUGUAAAAAUACUGUAUGUGCAGCAAUGAAGCUGCACCUUUGAGUGUGUCCUGAUCUUUCACAUUGUGUGAUUGGUGCUGUCAGCGUGCUUCCCUCAGGGUGUCUGUCUCCCUGGUAUUUGUCAGGUGGCCGUCUUUCCUGGACACCCAUCUCUCACCGUCUCUCUCUAAGCAAACUCUGUUUUCCCCUAGUGAAAGUGUCUGAGGAUUGCAGCAGAUUGGUCUGCACUGUCAGGGUGAAGGUGGCCGCUAAGCUCAUAGGAUGUGGCCGUCGUCUGGCCUUUGUGCGGCCCACCAUAGGAUGCAGUUUGGGCUUUGUCUGUAUUUUUGUGCUGUUAGAAUCCUCCCUGACAUGAGCAGUUUCCCAAAAUCCUUUGAGUUUUGGGUUCAUCCAAGUUUAUUCUUAUAUUUGAUACGUGUGUCAGUCUGAAGCAUGUUAAGGUUAGGUACACUGUGCAUGUAUUUGUUUGUCUCUCAAAGAAAUACUAAAUGUAAGAACAACAUUACCCUGAGAGCAGCUUCAUACCUUACCUUUAACUGCACAUAGAGAGGCAAAAAAUGCUAAAAUACAUGUAGGGAAAAUUCACAUCGCCAGUAAAUAAACUUGAUCAGUAUCUGUAAUUAUUUGUUUGGAAUCCUGUGCCAAAUCUGUAAUAUGAAUAGAUAGGGGUACACAACAUAAAACAUUGAUGUUGUAUGUGGGUCAAUAUAAUUUUCAUUGUAAACAGUAGCCAGUAGAGG